AUGGCUCCAGAGUCCAGAAUCUACACUGCCGUUCUCUCUUCCCCAGACUCCAGGAAUGGAACUGAGUCUCCCACAGUGAGAAAUGGAUCCUGGAAUAGCACACCCAGUCCAGAUAAGGAACAGUUUCAACCUUAUUAUGAUUAUACUACAUCUCUGGUGAUUGUGGUCAUAGGCUUCUGUGGUUCCGUGGGAAAUCUAAGUGUUAUCUGGACGCUGGGUUUCUGCAUGAAGAAGAACCCCAUUUCUCUCUACAAGCUUCACUUGGCCUGUGCAGACUUCAUCUGUCUCUUAUUCAACAGUGUCUGGUUUAUACUUUAUCUUUUAGAUCACAGCAACAAUGUGUUUCACAUACUCAUCAGAGCAGUCAGAAACUCUUCUUUCAUGGUAGCUGUGUGUCUGUUGAUGGUCCUCAACACUGAGCGUUGUGUCUAUGUGCUCUGGGCCUUCUGGUACAGAUGCCAUCGCCCGGUCCAUCUCUCCACCAUCCUGUCUGCCAUCAUCUGGGGGCUGGCAUUUUGUAUAGGGACACUGACUUUUCUGUGUGAUUACUCUAAGGUGUUCUCAUGUUACAGAAUAGAUUUUGUCUGUUGCAUAAUUGUCUUCUUUACAUCCCUGGGGCUUUGCGUGUCUGGUGUGACUCUGCUCAUCUGGGUCCAGUGCUGCUCUUGGAGGAAACAGCCCACUUGGUUCUAUACAACCACGCUGCUCAGAAUGCUGGCUUUUCUGCUGCUUGGGCUGCCUGCUGGAUUGGGCUUCAUGGUCUACCUGCUCUUGCCAUCACUGCCCUAUAAACACAUUCUCCUACCCAUCUUCUACCUGCUUUUGGUCCUGAACAGCACAAUGAAUCCUAUCAUUUAUUUCUUUGUAGGAAGACACAGACUCAGAGAGCAAACUGCUCACCUGUUGUCUAUCCCAGACAUGUUCUCCCACCUUCUGUGA